UGGGCACGCCCCGGCCCGGGGACUCGGCGCCGGAAGACGCGAGGACCAAGGUCCGCUACAGGAAAGACACAUUGAAGCACGGCUUGAUAGUCAUGACUUUGGGUGCAUAGAAAGGCUCUGGGGAGGAUCCGGAUGCCUCCAGAGAAGGGAGCGGGUGUUUUUGCUGGGCCCCCAAGUGCCAAGUUCAAGAUGGGGUCCCAGGUCUCGGUGGAUACAGGAGCCGUGCACGUGGUGAUCGUGGGCGGGGGCUUCGGAGGGAUAGCGGCUGCCAGCCAGCUGCAGGCGCUGAAUGUCCCCUUCAUGCUGGUGGAUAUGAAGGACUCCUUCCACCACAAUGUGGCAGCCCUCCGGGCCUCCGUGGAGAGCGGGUUCGCCAAAAAGACAUUCAUUUCGUACUCGGUGACCUUCAAGGACAACUUCCGCCAGGGCAAAGUGAUUGGCAUAGACUUGAAGAACCGGAUGGUGUUGCUACAGGGUGGCGAGGCCUUGCCCUUCUCACAUCUUAUCCUGGCCACAGGCAGCACCGGGCCCUUCCCUGGCAAGUUUAACGAGGUGUCCUGCCAGCAGGCAGCCAUCCAGGCCUAUGAGGACAUGGUGAAGCAGAUCCAGCGCUCACAGUUCAUCGUGGUGGUGGGAGGCGGCUCUGCAGGAGUAGAGAUGGCAGCAGAGAUUAAAACCGAGUACCCUGAGAAGGAGGUCACUCUUAUCCACUCCAGAGUACCCCUGGCCGACAAGGAACUCCUGCCCUGUGUGCGGCAGGAAGUGAAGGAGAUCCUCCUCCGGAAGGGUGUGCAGCUGCUGCUGAGUGAGCGGGUGAGCAACCUGGAGGAACUUCCUCGCAAUGAGUAUCGGGAGUACAUCAAGGUGGAGACAGACAAGGGCACGGAGGUGGCCACCAACAUGGUGAUUGUGUGCAAUGGGGUCAAGAUCAACAGCUCUGCCUACCGCAGUGCAUUUGCAGAGAGUAGGCUGGCCAGCAAUGGUGCUCUGAAAGUGAACGAGUUCCUCCAGGUGGAAGGUUACAGCAAUAUUUAUGCCAUUGGUGACUGUGCCGAUACCAAGGAGCCCAAGAUGGCCUACCACGCUGGCCUGCAUGCCAACGUUGCCGUGGCCAACAUUGUCAACUCCAUGAAGCAGAGGCCACUCAAAGCUUACAAGCCAGGUGCGCUGACAUUCCUCCUGUCCAUGGGCAGAAAUGAUGGCGUGGGUCAGAUCAGUGGCUUCUACGUAGGCCGCCUCAUGGUGCGGCUGGCCAAGAGCAGGGACCUUCUCAUCUCCACAAGCUGGAAAACCAUGCGGCAGUCUCCACCGUGACAGGGAGGCUGCGUGGGAGUUGAGGUACCGCUCGGAGGGGUGACAGACUGCUUGACAAAGGACACCCUUCUGACAGGUGCCAAGGGCGGAGCUCUUUGUCUGGAUCGUGGUGUCAGUCAUGUGCUGGCUGGGAAUACAAUUUGAGUAAAGCCAGAAAUGAGAGACAGAGAGUAAAGGGGGGAGUGGGGAAGGCAUUAAAAAAGAACAAUUAGCCUAGAAGAUUCGUUCCGGGUUUGGAAGGUCUGCCUGCAGCUGUGCUAGCUAAAGGGUGUUGGGGAGGCAGAGGGAGCUUCCCCUACUGCAGGCUUCUGUCUAUGUGUGCACGUGAAAGCAUCAGGCUUUGGGAGAACUGUUCAGAGCUCUUGUUGGGCAGAGCUGGGCUCCUCUAGUUGGCUCCUCAUCUGUAGUAUAGUAAAGAGAGCCCACAGCACGAGACCAAGGAGGGUGCUGGGGUGGGGAAGCUUGUCUAUCUUACAGCAAGUACGUUAUUAACUGAGGCCUUUUUUUCACUCUCCCUAUGAUUAGCAUCCCCCCUCUCUUUCUCUCUCUCUCUCCUUCCCUCCUAACAACACUCACACAGCACGAGUACAGAAUCUCUCUCUGCCCCCCACCAUGUCUACCUACAUUAUUCAGAUUGGCCUAGAACUCCUGAGUUCAGGUAAUGCUCCUGUCUCAGUCUUUUCUGGUACCUUGGGACCAUCUUUAACCUUCACGAGCCUUUAUCUCCAUAUUCGGCUUGCCUGUGUGUCAUAGGUGCAUGUACGAAGAGUCAGACAAAAUUCCCCUCUAGCUCACCCAUCCGUUGCUGAAAUCUCAGGGGAGAUGUAAGCCACAUCUGCCGCCUCUCCUAAGGUCUCACUGACAAACUGAGGCAGGGUUCUGUUAGACUUUACUCCAUGGAACCAGUGAGUGUCAUUAAAGCAGAGUGGUAUAUAACAGGUGGUAGGGCGCCACUGGAUACACAGAUGAGAGUCUCCUGGUCCUCGACACCACUCCACAAUCAGAUAAAAUCAGUCAGCAAGGCCAGCUGGGACAACCCUUUUAAAAGGGGGAGCAGCUGAACACACCCCCUCCGGGCUGGUGGUUGCUUGCUUCUGAGGACAGUCACUCAAACACUACCCUAACAGGGUGAAGUUUAUGUCUAGAGAGGCUGAGCCUGGCUGGGUGCAGGAAUCCAGGGAUGGAGACCUGUGACUUGGGGAGGGUACUGGCUGCUUGAUCGCCAAAGACCAGAUGGGCAUCUCUGGAUGGUACUUAGUGGUUUCUAGGUUACUAACAGGCUGCUGUUAGGGGGUGGGGAGCUGUGCUGCUCAUUUCCUGGCCAGCUCCUGUCACUUGGGCCCCCAUGGGUCACUAUGUCCGCUAUAGAUUGCUAAGGUGUAUGAAGUAUAUGAAGGACUUCUCUAUCCAAGUAGGGAGUAGCCACUUGUGCAUGGCCUAAGUUCAAUGUCUAUAGCAGAAGAGACUGGGAGUCCAUUCCAGUAGAUUUCGGCAUGAUUCACCCUACCCUGCCUCUUCCAGCUUGCUUUGGCCUUGGCCUUUGGUUAUAGGUGGCAAGAGUCCUUGAGAUACCAGCAUCUCUGGUGCUUCCAGCCCAUCCCCAUUUGGGCUAUGACCAAGGUCUGUUCCAGACUGGAGUUGAGACUUGACUCUCUCUCCCAGAGACUGACCAACCACCAGCAGCUUUGUCCCCGGCUCUGCUGCUGUGGACACCAGCCAGGAAGCCCACCCUCUCUGAGGGAAGGAUCAACUACCUGCAGGAAGCCGGCCAUGUGAGAGCUUUACAGAGCAUGGCGGGACUCUUCAGUGACAGGCCUUGUGUUACUUCUUUACAACCGUCUGGAUGACUCUGUCUGUGGGGAACGCGGCUGUCCAGGAGGAGGAAAACGUCGCAAUAAAGGGCUGUGUUAUAAGAAAGA